UGGAUACAAUAAACAGCGAGUACGAGCGCGUGGCUGCCACGCAACGGACACGGACACGCCGACGUUGGUGGUGAUCCCACCCAGAAUCAAAAUCAGAAUCACAAAACAGCGCCAGAAGCAGAAGCGGUGUGUAGCCAUAUGAAGUUCGGUCGUCGCAGGAUGAGGACGAAGUUUUUAAACGGAAUCGGAAACUUAAUUACAUUUCAAUUUGGGCCUAAACAAACUGUUCCGCAUAUGUCACUCACUGCGAUGAAGUCUGAUGCCGCCGGGAUCGGAGUGGUGGGCGCGGGCGGAACUGUUGCACUAUCCGAUUCCAGGGAGUGGGCACCUCCGCCGCCGGGCAACCGAUGUGCCACAGUGACUAUGCUCCUGGCCCAGCGGAUUGCACGCAACGCUUGCUGGUCAGUCGACGAGGAGCCCUCGUACAGUGCGAACAAGAUGAACGUCUGGCAAACGCUGGAGUACCUCUCGGGGCUGAGUCUGCGAAAGAAGUACAACUACGAGGGCUUCUCGGACACCCAGAAUGUGAUCAGAACCCUCACGCCAUCCUGGCGACGGGAUAGUUUCGCCGAGAAGGCCAAGGCCGAGGAGCUGACCGGCGGCACUCCCACCUCGACGGUCAAGUACACGGAUGAACGCUCCGCGAGUGCUCCCAUCAUUGCCAUCCAGGAUCCGGGCAUUAGUACCAGCUUCCAGAGCAGCGAUAACGUCGCCAUGGCCGUUCGUUCCGGGGCGAAAAGUCCGUCUGGCCUGCGCCGGAAACAUCGCAGCCGGAACCGGAAGCGCAAUGCUCCGCUUCUCGAUCCCGAGUACGCUCUCUCGCCGGAGGAUCUGCAGGACCUGGUCAAGUGCAAGUAA